UUGAAUUCAGUUCACAUGAUUCGUGUUUACAAUGGAAUUAAUUCGAACAAUAAAUGUUUCUAUUAUAUUGCUCCAAUCUCUUUAAACGUAGUAUCGGAUUCUGAGUGUGUGUAUAGUGCCUGGAUCAAUUGCGUGUGACUUGAAGAAAAUCCAAAGUUUGUGCAAUGUGUCAACACGAAAUUGUGAUCUCCAGCAGUCGAAUUUUGGUGGCGUCUACCGGGGUAUAAAUGGUCAAUGAGGGCACAGGAAACACCUCACUGACUACGACAGGGAGCCAUAACGGGCCUGGCCACGGGGCUCGCCUUCUCCAUGUGGGUCGGCUUUGGCGUCCCCCGGCCAGACGCAGUAAGGCUGCCCACCAGGAUGGACGGCUGCGACUUCAACAUUACGGCCACACCGCCGCCGCCCACCCAGGACUCCAGCGAGUACUUCUACCUGUACCGCGUGUCGUACCUGUGGGUUGUCGUGCUGGGAUUCCUGCUGACACUCGUCGUGGGCGAAGUCGCGUCGUGGGUGGCGGGCGUCACCUGCAAGGGGAACCGCAGCGUGCCGCCGCCAGACCCCGACCUCUUCGUGCCGCCAGUCCGGAGGGCGCUGCUCGCGAGGAGAGGGCACAGGGGCUCCAACCCGGUGCAGCUGACACGUGUGGCCGGUGACCUGUCCAAUGGUGUGGGACCAGCUGCAGACACCAAGAGCCAGGAGGAGCCACUCAAUGGCAUAGGUGGCCACCACGUCACCCCAAUGUGAUGUCGACAGAGUACAGUGGGGACUGCUGUGAGCUGAAAGGUGCUGAUCUGCAGGUUCCCAGCCUGAGACAUUCCAGCCUUCUCUACAGAGGCUGCAACAACUUAGUCUAUUUAUUUUCUAGUUUUGUAAAAAAGGAAAAAAAUGUAAACACUCAGUAUUCCUCAGUUUGUAAUAGCUGUGCUUUUUAUUCUCAGUUCUCUUCUGUUCAGCUGAAUUGCUGCAAAUAAUGAAGCACUGCAAAAUCAGUUUUAUAGGUGCAUGAAGUCUCGACAGAAGCAGCCAAAGAGAGUGGGAGAGAUUAUAUGAGACAGCAAAAUGUUGCUGAAGUUAACUGGUGAUGCAAUACUGCGCAGUGUAGAAACUUUCACAAAUGUAACAUUUCAGUGGACUUGUUAAAUAUGGGCAAUUGCUUACCUGGUAAACUGUGAGCAAAAGUAUGACAAUAAUUAUUACAAUAUUGGAAAAAGUUCUGACCAGGAAAUCAAUAAUCGUGUGAUGAAGAUCAAUACUACAGGAGGGUGGAGGCAUUGGAUGGUGUAAAGAUGGCUGAAUAAUAUUGUUGAAUGGCAUAGAAAAGAUGCCUCCAAAAUAAAACUAGUUGCCUAUAAAAGGUCACAGAUACAAACCAAUCACAAAAUUU